AAUGAGAUUAAGGCUAGUUUGUAAAUAAUUGUUUAAUACAUAAAAGAAGGUUCCCCCAAAACCUUCAAGUAUUAUGGGUGCACAACUUUCUGAAAAAUAAAUGAAUGAAUUGAUGAAUCCUUUAGGAUUUUUAAAAGAAAAUGAAAAAGGAGAGGUGUAAGAACAAAUAGAGAAGGCAAAGGAAUUAAAGGAGUUAAUUGAAAAAUACAAAAUAAAUAAGAAUCAAUAGAGUGGAAGUGAAAAGAAACCAUAUGAAUUAGAUAAAAAUGGGAUGCCACCUGAGGUAGGAUUCAAAGUUAAAGGUCCUGAACCAACUAGAUAUGGAGAUUGGAUUGGAAGGGGAAGAGUAACAGAUUUUUGAG